AUUAAUAGAUCACUUAUAUCACGAUGCUAUACAACAAUUAAUGAAUUACCCUACACAAAGGUUCAUGUACCUGUCAUGUUAAAUGAAGUAUUAACUCAUCUAGAGCCUAAGGAUGAUGAACUAUAUUGUGACAUGACGUUUGGUGAUGGAGGAUAUACAAAAGCUUUGUUAGAUAGAUGUAACUGUAAAGUAAUUGCAGUAGAUCAGGAUCCUACGGCUUACUCAAAAGCAUUAAAAUUAUCACAGCUAGAACAGUAUAAGGAUCGAUUAUUUCCUCUAUUAGGAAAGUUUGGAUCUAUUUAUGAAACUAUUCAAAAGAAAUUUGCUUAUUUAAACACACCUUGUUUGGAUGGUAUUGUUAUGGAUAUUGGUGUCUCAAGUGGACAAUUAGAAACCCCAGAUCGAGGAUUUUCUUACAAAUUAGAUGGUCCUCUAGAUAUGCGCAUGUUUUCUAGAGGUUCAUCCCUCCUUAAAGAAUUCAAAGAAGAAGAAGAAGAGCUAUUAAAGAAAUCAAUCUCUGCUUACGAAAUUGUCAAUUAUUUUUCAAGAGAACAAAUGGCAGAUAUCAUUUAUGAGUUUGGAGGCGAUCGUUUAUCACGCAAGAUUGCGUCUGCCAUCGUUCUUGCUCGACAAAAGAGACCUAUUGAAUCUACGAGAGAAUUGGCAACUAUUAUUCAAAAGGCAUGCCCUCAGCCUAGUUGGCAACGAGGUCACGACGACGUAUUACGUAAUUCAGCAGCUCGUACAUUUCAAGCAUUUAGAAUCUAUAUUAACGACGAAUUAGGAGAGUUGAAGAGAGGAUUAGCAGCAAGU